AGCUGUCACCUAUCACCAUCACCUCGGGCAGCAGCCGCACAGGCAGAGAGUCAAAGUCAAAAUAAACUAGAUCUAUAUUUCUAGAUCUAGAUCUAGAUUGUCAGUGUGGCCAAGGCCAAGGCAAGGAAAUCUGAGCUGUGAUGACGAAUAUCGAUAUCCGAUAUCUUUAGAUGACACAAUUUUCAUCCGCUGUCCUUGAUACUGUAACUAUAGACUAGACGUGCGAUCUGUCAGGUUGCGGUGGUAGAUUAGUUGUGUAAGAUCACCUGAGCGAUGUAGCAUAGACUAGCCGAUGAGGAGUUGAACUUGGCCAGCCUACGACUUGUUUGUUGUUGUGUUUUCUCGGUUACAUUGAUGAUUCAUAAUUAAUCAUUGUUUCAAGUUUGAAGUUUCGAUUUGGAAGGUUUUUUACCAGACAUCUAGAGCAAACAACAACGGCGUUACUAGAUUCUAGAUCUAGAAUCUAGAUAUCUAGAUCUAGCUACUGGUGUUGAAAGUUGAAUGCAAUGAUGGCUGAUCGUCUGAAGACGGUAUUUGGACAUCUGCACCACCAGUCGAGCUGCACUACUGCUGAAAAUGUGUCUGCACAAGCUGGCAUCUCGUCACAGCCUUCUCUCAAAUACACAUUGGAUAUGCCAAAGCUCUCUCUGGAGCAGAGGAAAUUCUAUGAAGAAAAUGGUUUCCUUGUGAUCAGGAAGUUGGUUGCCCCUUCAAAGCUCAAUAGCUACAGAAAAAGGUUUGAGGAAAUAUGCAAAAGAAAUGUCAAGGUCCCAGGAUUGAUCAUCAUGCGAGAUGUGGCCAUCAAAGACUCAGAAUUUGUUGCAGGAGAAAAAGCAAUCACCAAAAUUCAAGAUUUCCAGGGGGAUGAUGUUCUUUUUGAAUACUGUGCUCUUCCAGAGGUGGUGGACUACGUUGAGAGCUUUGUCGGCCCUGAUGUUGUUGCUAUGCACACUAUGUUGAUCAAUAAGCCCCCAGAUUCAGGUAAGAUGACCUCCCGCCACCCCAUGCACCAGGACCUCCAUUACUUCCCCUUCCGUCCUGCUGAGCGGAUUGUGUGUUCUUGGACAGCCAUGCAAAAGAUCAACCGAGAAAACGGAUGCUUGGUGGUGGUUCCAGGCUCGCACAAGGGACAUCUUCUCACCCAUGAGUACCCAAAAUGGGAGGGUGGUGUGAACAAGAUGUAUCACGGCAUCCAGGACUACGACCCCAGCCAGGACCGGGUGCACCUGGACAUGGAGGAGGGAGACACUGUCUUCUUCCACCCGCUCCUCAUUCACGGAUCGGGCACCAACAGGACCACUGGAUUCCGCAAGUCCAUCUCUUGUCACUAUGCAAGUGGCCAUUGUUAUUAUGUGGAUGAGCUUGAUCCUGAACAGAAAAUUAUUGCUGAUGAGGUACUGGAGCUUGCAAAGAAAAGGACAGGAAAGGAUGUUGACUUAAAACUGGAGGACAUUUGGAGACUGAAGAGCCGCUUGGUGAAGGGCAAAGAUGUGCUCAAUGCAUGGUGAGCUCUUACAAAGAUAUUCUGAUGAUCAGAUGACUUUGUCUUGACCGUCGUAUACCCCAAUGUUGAUUGUUAUCAUGGAUUGUGAUUAUAUUGUUAUCUCAAUAUUGAUUGGGAAGUACAUGGAUUGUUUAUUACUUUGUUUCUUGCCCUAAAUUACUGGUAAUGUACACACGGGUGAGAUUAGUUGUUGAUAUGAAGUGGAGUCUUAACAAGGUCAAUGCAGAUAUUUAUUUGAUGGUCUACUUGGUUUUAAUAUUAUGAUUGUGAUAUUUUUCUAAGGGAGUUAUUCCGAGCUCUUCAAUUGUUAAUUUGUUAUGGGAUCGAUUGUUAUUCAAGAAUUUUGGAAUAGGUGCGAGGAUGAUGUGGCUGUUUUUAACAUCUAUAUCAGCCUUUUCUGUUUUCAGAUUAAGAUUGUAAUAAAAAGCUUUGAAGUUUGUGCGUUGACAGAGAAUUCGAUGAUUGACUCGUGUGAAGAAAUCUGUUUUAAUCUUUGAGUAAUUCUCAUUCCCUACAUGAUUAAUUUGUGUUAUCUCUUCUCAGAAGAAUUAGUCACUUGUACCUAGAAAAUUUGACAUGGUUUCUAAAAAUUUCCCAGGGUUCUAUCUUACAAGUCAGUGGUAGCAACUUGAAAUUUCAGUUGGAGUUCUUAUGUCAAAAACCGCAAUAUUUCAAAAUACAGUCGAAACUGUCUAAGACAACCACCCUUGUGGAGUGUCCAUCUUAAACAGGUGUCACUAUAAUAUUGUAAAAAAAUAUACAAGGGAGGAAAUGAGAAAAGAUUGUUUGUACAUGUGAUUGUCUUAUACAGGUGGCCGAUAAAGGAGGUUCAACUGUAUUACUCCUGUGAGCAUGUGCCGUUUCUUAUACUUGAAUGUGUUGGGUACAUGCAUUAGUAUUAUUUAUGCAGAUCAAAAUGUCUGCUUUGUAAUUACAUUGAAUAUAAACAAGCUUUGUAAGAUUGCAUUUUUAAUAAUUCAAGAAAUAAAGUCUUCUGAAUUUGAUAAAAAUGAAAAAA